AUGUCUAGCCAUCAGACUGGCCGUGGUCGUGGUAGAUAUACAGAUCGAGGUGGAGGCGGAGGACGUGGACGCGGACGCGGAUGGGAAGCAUCUCUCCAAGUACACGACACUAGCAGGGCACCAAGGGGCAGGGGCCGUGGCCGUGGUGGGUCAUGGGAACUCCAAAUCUACAGCCAAGGUGACCAGACGGCCCAGGUAGAUACCAACGUGGCGCAGAAAGAAACAAACUACGAGACCGCUGCCAAAACUGUGAACAAGAAAAAGUUAGCUGCUCUGGGCGCUAGAUAUCCACCACGUCCAGGGUUUGGUACCCAAGGCAGGGCCGUUGUCUUAUGGACAAACCAUCUACAUCUGGCAUUCGAUGGAAAUCUACAGCUCUUCCGUUACAGUAUUAGAAUACUUCCAGAACAAGGUGACCGACCUCCGGUGGGCAAGAAAGCCAAGCGAGUUAUCCAACUAUUACUAGAAGAACACUUCCCCCAAUACGGCCAAAGCAUUGCCACGGAUUUCAAAGCAAUCCUUAUCAGCAAACAAAAUAUUGAAGUUGCAGAGGAAUACAACGUAUUAUACAGAUCUGAGGAUGAGGAGGAACCGGCACCGAACGCGAAGCGUUACCGUGUUCAACUCGACUCCACGGGUUCGGUCACAGUUUCUGAACUCACGGACUAUCUCACAUCUUCCAACUUUGGCGCACUGCUGUCGUCGAAAGAAGAAACGCUUCAGGCUCUGAACAUUGUUCUAGGUCAUCACAGUAAAGACGUUCCGCAUAUUGCUUCUGUCGGGGCGAAUCGCCACUUUGACUUGACUUCCCCGGAUAAGCAGAACCUGGGGGCUGGGUUGCUAGCCAUCCGUGGGUUCUUCGUCAGUGUGCGUGCAGCGACGGCUCGUCUACUAGUUAAUGUUCAGGUUAAGCAUGGGGCAUUCUACGUUGAUUACCCGCUUGAUAGGUUGAUGACGGAAUAUAUGGCUGUGAAUGGGCCAAAUACUGCUAGAUUGGCGAAUUUUGUGAAAAGGGUUUCAGUCAACGUCACUCAUAUUGUGAGGAGGAAUAGGGCUGGGGAACCUAUCAAGCGGAUCAAGGUGAUACGAGACUUUGCGCGGGUUGACGAUGGUAGGAACCAGGAGCAUCCGCCUAUUGUGCCGCACUUCGGAGCUGGUCCUCGGGACGUGAAGUUCUUCGUGACGGACACAGCGGGAUCGACAGCAGGUCCGAGUAGGACUGUACCUGGUGCCGGUCCUUCGACAACUGGGAAGUCGAAGAAGAAGAAGGCGGCGAAAGGGCCAACUGGCCCGGCAGUCCCAACUGCUUCGCAGGGUCGAUAUGUUAGUGUGUACGACCACUUUAAAAACACGUAUCACAUAACGAUCCGAGACCCUACGCUGCCUGUCAUCAAUGUGGGCAGCCGUGAAAUGCCUUCAUAUCUACCUCCUGAAGUUUGCGUGGUCUUGCCGGGGCAGCCUGCAAACAAACAGCUUACACCAUCUCAACUUCAGCAAAUGAUCAAGUUUGCUGUACGCCGGCCCGCUCAAAAUGCACAAUCCAUCACGGCGUCUGGAGUGCGAACAUUGGGCGUGGAUCCUAUCAACUCUACUCUAGCUGCCUUUGGAAUCCAUGUAUCGAGGAACUUGCUUGCCGUACCCGGCCGGGUGUUGAACUGCCCAGCCGUCAAAUACAAAGGCGAUAAAACUGUUGCAUCGAGAUUGGGCAGCUGGAAUAUGCAGUUUGUUCAAUUUGCGGUGCCGAAGCAGUUGUCCCGUUGGACAUGGCUUUGGAUAUCCCUCCAAGGCAUGCGCGAUCCAUGGCGAAACAUCAUGGAGUUGAAGUCAUCGUUGGGUGCCUUUCGGAAUGUGCUUCAGCGGUUAGGUCUAGUUACGGCUGAAUGCCUUGACGGGAUUCACAUCACGGUAAAUCAAGACAAUGCCGAUUCAGAAAUUGACACUGCAAUCCAGCGGUUUGCCAAGGGUAAAAGCAUACCGCCCCAGCUGCUCCUUGUUAUCCUACCGUCGGAUAUUGCAGCAAUCUACAAACGUGUAAAAGCAGAUUGCGAUGUCAGAGGGGGUCUGUUAAACGUGUGCGUGGUGGCUAAGAAGUUUUUCAAUGCCAACGAACAGUACUACGCCAAUGUUGCCAUGAAGGUGAACCUGAAGCUCGGCGGGCAGAACCACUACGUGGACAAAUCCAAGCUCGGGAUCUUAUCUGAAGGGAAAACCAUGGUUGUGGGCAUCGACGUUACGCACCCGUCUCCUGGAUCUUCGUCGCAAGCUCCCAGCGUGGCUAGUAUUGCGGCCUCUAUAGAUGGGAAUCUCGCCCAGUGGCCAGCAGACUUGAGAAUACAGACUGCUCGGCAGGAGAUGGUAGCUGGGCUGGAUGCCAUGUUCCAGGGACGACUACGUCUUUGGAGGAAGCACAAUGGCCGCUACCCUGACAACAUUCUCGUGUGUAGGGACGGCGUGUCAGAGGGACAAUACGACCAGGUUCUUGACCAGGAACUACCAGCAAUGCGCAGCGCCUGCAAAGAGAUAUACCCAGCAGACGCUACGAAGCAAGGCCUUCCACAUUUCACAAUUGUAAUCGUCGGGAAACGCCACAAUACUCGUUUCUAUCCGACAAGAACCGAAGAUGCAGAUCGGUCUGCAAACCCUCAAAACGGAACUGUCGUGGAUCGCGGAGUAACAGAGGCUCAGAACUGGGACUUUUUUCUGCAGGCUCACGCUGCAAUACAGGGCACUGCUCGUCCUGCGCACUAUUACACCAUUCUAGAUGAGAUAUUUGCUGCGCGGCCGGUCAAACUGCCGUUGAGGAACUCGGCGGACGUUUUGGAGGAUUUGAUGCAUAAUAUGUGUUAUCUCUUUGGACGGGCGACCAAGGCUGUUAGCAUUUGUCCACCGGCUUAUUAUGCGGAUCUUGUUUGUGAUAGGGCGAGGUGCUAUUUGAGUGAUUUGUUUAGUCCUACGGCUUCGACGAGUCCUGGUGCGAGUGUUGCGGGUGAUACUGCUGUUGGUGAUGGUGCUGAUAGGAGGUUGGUUGAGAUUCAUGGGAAUGUGAGGGAUAGGUGGAUAUGUGCCCUCCCAAUCGAACUCGCGGCUGGGCAAGAAAUGCUGGACGAGGAAGAUGAUGACCCUCUUGAAUAUGAUGCAGAGUCUGACCUGUACACAUUUGGUCGCAUCGGCGAACACAAUGUCAUCUUGGCAUGCCUACCAGCCGGACAGACAGGGACGAAUUCUGCCGCUGCGGUUGCCACACGAAUAGCAUCAACCUUCACGUCUCUCCGCUUUAGCCUCAUGGUAGGAAUCGGCGGAGGAGUUCCCAGUGUGAUAUCAGACGUACGGCUGGGGGACGUGGUGAUCAGUCAACCUUUCAUGCAACAUGGGGGAGUUGUGCAAUACGACUUUGGCAAGAUUGGAACCAACGGUCACAGCAUGCGGACCGGAGCACUCAACGCACCUCCCGCGAUCCUUUUGAAGGCAGUUUCGAAGUUACGAGCGCUUCACUACCGGGGACGUAGCAACCUUGCUGCCUAUCUAUCUACUUUCGACCGUUUAGAAGCCUUCAGCCGUGAUGCGGCCGGCGCGGAUAUAUUAUACGAGGCAGCAUAUAACCACGUGGGAGGACCAACAUGCCAGCAAUGUAGUCAAGAGAAGGAAGUCAAACGCCUUCAGCGAAUGCAAGGCCCAGUUAUUCAUUGUGGUACCAUAGCUUCGGGCAACCGAGUUAUACAAGAUGGUAUUACUCGGGACAGGAUUAGCGAAGAGCUAGGCGGCGUGCUGUGCUACGAAAUGGAAUCGGCAGGUUUAAUGAAUGCCUUUCCCUGCCUUGUGAUUCGAGGAAUAUGCGAUUACGCCGACUCACACAAGCACAAGAAAUGGCAGCCAUAUGCUGCGGCUACAGCAGCCGCUUGCGCUAAAGAGAUCCUGUCACUUGUACCGGCUAAAGCUUCUACGACAAACACUGGACCAUCAUCUGAAGAAUACGCGAGGCAAUUGUGUCAGAUUAAGUUCCCGUCGGAAGAAGUUGUCAAAUUGCAACAGGGGAUUAAGACACUGCAGGAACAGAGCAAAUCCCUGCAUCAACAAUAUGAUACAUCUAUGACAGUUGGACAACAACAUCUUCAGGCGCAGUAUGCCCUCCUGCAACAGCUACGUUCCAAUCUAGUGGAUCUUAAACAUCAGGCACUUGAACGUGAAUUACCUCCUGAGAUCAAGUCGAAUGCCUAUGUGACGGUCUUUGACGCCGAAAAUCGACCCUUGCGCUUCGUUUUUGACACGAUGAGUUCUCAAAAGAUAAUGAGUGCUAUGAAGCGUCAACUAAAAGAUGUCGAGUUGGAUAAUAUGCGGCGAGGAGAGUGGUACAUCCGUGACCGCAGGGAGAGAGCCUCUGAAUCCACGGAACUUUCAUCAUCACUCCUGAGGGCUUGUCAAUGCCUAAACAUUUCUGUUAAGUUUCGCCUACCAAAUAAAUCGUCAACACUAUGUCCAGUGUGCCAUUUAGAGAACCCUGGUGAUUCUGAUCAACAGUAG